AAUAGAAGUCAAAGAAAAACUUUCAAUAAAAACUAGUGAUGAAAAACAAUAUGCAAUUUAUAUUCAACAGUAUCUCGAUGAAUUAGAUCAACAAUUCGAACAUUUACAACAACAAUUGGAUAGUGAUAAGAAAAAUUUAUCUCAAUUGACAGAUAAUAUCGAACAUCAACUCGAUGAAUUUAUUCAAAAUUACCGUUUAGUACCGUAUACAAUGAAAUCAGAUUAUCAACUUGCUCGAUUCGACUAUGAAUAUCAAGAUCAAUUAUUAGAACGUCAAUUUCUUCAACUUCAACCAACAGAUCAACAAGUAGAAUUUUUUAUCUAG